UAACGUUUGCGUCUCACGGCUGCAUCACUUUCACGCACAGAGCGCUUCUGGUUCCCUGAUCUCCUCAUUUACACUCCACAUUCUCAGUUUCUUAGACCAUUCUUCUGUAAUUUUAUGGUUCAGACUUUGAGACAACUUGCAGAUAAGGCAGAUGAGCUCUUUUUACCAAAAAGAAAAGGAGAGUGAGUUAAGGCUCUCUGGAGAUCUCACUCAAGUGAACUCCGAGGAGCUGGAGUUUGAUUACCUGUUUAACUAUGAGCCGCCUGACAGCAACUUUCCUUCUGGAGAUCUUAAAGAUGACACCGAUCUCCACAUACACGCACACCCUUACCCCUUGGGCGAGACUUCCCCCUACACUGAAAGCAGCACUGAAGCUCUUUCUGGCUAUGAGCACCUGGGGCCUAAAAAUUACGUAGAGCAAGUAAGAUCUGGUCCCCAAGCUGUGAGCCCCAGGAUUGAGAUCACGCCAUCACGUGAGCAUCACAGCCAUGGGACCAACUCACUCCAUGACCCACUGGUGAAUGCCAGCCCCAGGCCUACACUCACUGUGCCUGGUCUGGAUUGUGCCAUCUACCGUGAGCCUCAGUGCCUGAGCCCAGCCAGCAGCAACUCUUCAACCUCAUGGCACUCUGAGACUUACUCGCCUUUCGCAUCACCCUGUGUGUCCCCAGGUAGUGGGCAGGUUGUGGCUGGUGAGCUGUGUCCUCGCUUCCAAAACAUCCACACAGGCUCUCCUCGCACCAGCCCAGGCACAUCACCUCACACUAGCCUGACUGAGGAAAACUCGUCUCCGAGGCCCAGCUCUCGCUCUGCCUCGCCUCAGGGCAAACGCACCUACGACAUGUACAAGAACCCAAAUCUGGUGGCUGCUGCUCGAUCACGAAGUCCUUCGCCACAUGGCAGCCAUGAUGAUCGUCAUACUGGCACCCAUUAUGGCUCCAACAGCGUGAAAGAAGUUGUCAACGGGUUUGGGCCAGUCUCAGUACCCACAAAGAUUGUCAGAACCACACAGCCACCCUACACUAUAUACCCAGACGACCAUGGAGAGAGCUACCUGGUGGAACAAGACGUUAAGACCAAAGCAGAGCCAUACUUUGUCAUUCCAACAAUUUGGCCCAAUAAGCUGGUGCCUGGGAUCUGCAGCAUCCCUAUAACCUCUCUGCCUUCUCUGGAGUGGCCUUUGCCCAGCCGCACAGACCAGUAUGAGCUGCACAUCGAGGUGCAGCCCAAACCUCACCACAGGGCACACUAUGAGACCGAGGGCAGCCGGGGGGCUGUUAAAGCUCCAACUGGUGGACAUCCAGUGGUACAGCUACAUGGAUACAGAGGCAAAGAGCCGCUCGGGCUGCAGAUCUUUAUCGGCACGGCUGACGAGCGGAUCUUGAAGCCCCACGCCUUCUACCAGGUGCACCGCAUCACAGGCAAGACCGUGACCACGACCAGCUAUGAGAAGAUAAUCAAUAGCACAAAGGUGUUAGAGAUCCCUCUAGAGCCAAAGAACAACAUGAAAGCAAUAAUCGACUGCGCUGGGAUUCUGAAGCUCAGGAACGCCGAUAUUGAGCUGAGGAAAGGCGAGACAGAUAUCGGGCGGAAGAAUACCCGUGUGCGACUGGUGUUCCGCAUCCACAUCCCCCAGCCAGGGGGUCAAUACGUGUCUCUCCAAGUGGCAUCUCAUCCCAUUGAGUGUUCUCAAAGAUCUGCACACGAGCUGCCCAUGGUGGAGAAGCAGGACAUGGACAGCUGUUCAGUGCUCGGAGGUCAGCAAAUGAUCCUGACUGGGCAGAAUUUCAGUGCUGACUCUAAAGUUAUGUUUACUGAGAAGACCCAUGAUGGACAGCAAAUUUGGGAGUUGGAAGCCACAGUUGACAAAGACAAAAGCCAGACAAGCAUGCUGUUUAUUGAAGUGCCUCCUUAUAGAGACCCAAGUAUCUGCCAUCCCGCUAAGGUGAACUUCUAUGUGAUCAAUGGGAAACGAAAACGCAGUCAGCCUCAGCACUUCACAUAUACACCUCUGCCAGUUUCUUCCAUCAAAACAGAACCAUUGGAUGAAUAUGAAGCUGGACACAUUGGAUAUAUGAUGUCCCAGACCGUGGGAGUGUCCCCGCACUCCUUUUACCAUCACAGCCCCCGUUCAGUCCUCACCUCGGAUAAUGGUUUACUUCCCAUCAUGGCUUCCUGUCACCAGAAUCAUUCAGGAAUCUCUCCUUCAGACCCCUGCUUACAGCAGCACAUUGUGUAUCCCCGUGCUGAGAAGAACCUAGGGUCCAGCUUAUACAUCCAAACCGGAGUUAUGGUGCCAGAAGCCCAUCGCUCUGUCCUGGUCCAUACUGGUUCUGCACCCAAGUCUUCUCACUUGAUUGGUCAGCAUCCUGUCAUCCAGUUUUCCCCGACCAACCAUCAAUUGUUAAGAGGGGGGGAAAAUAUAACUCCACCAGCCCAGGAACAUCCGAACCUCUAUUGUGAGGGCUACAGCCCACAAGGAACUCAGACAGCAGUGGUUUCACGUUCUCCAGCUGCACAAGCCCCCCAAACUCAGCAUUACCCCACUGUCAUUCAUCAACAGCCCUACACAAACAGGCUUCCAAAGGACAGGUCCCCUCCUGGGCAAGUCCAUCCACAAAGGUGUUCCUCUGCUGAGGAACAGAGAACCUCUCUUCCUGGACGAGUCACUGUCAAGCAAGAGAACCUGGAUCAAGCCUACCUGGAUGAUGUUAACGAGAUCAUAAGGAAGGAUCUGACAGGAGUGCACGGCCGAGCACAGUCAUAAGGAAAAGGAUGCCGCAGGAAGUGUGUGGGACUUGCAGUAGUGCCUUCUUCUCCCUGGAUCCGUUUGCAGUUUGCAGACACUGUCACCAGCACUCACUUGGAUUAUUUCUAUUUUUCGAAAUAUUUUUGACCUCAGAACAUUCUGACACCAAGUAGAUUGCUUUAUAGCCCAGGCAAACAAAUACCUUUGAAACCAGCUUUUUUUUUUUUUUUUUUUUUUGCAUCAGUGUGUUCAUUACUAAAGGCCUUGUAGUCUCAAAGUCUAGCAGUGACUGCUCAUGAAAUACAGCCAGGGUUAACCUGAUUUGUCAGUUGUCGGUAUCUUAUGCUCUCAUAGCCUUAAACGAUUUUGGAUAAAAAAAAGUUCAGUGUAUUUUUAUUCUUGUUAUAUCAUAGUUCAUAGCUCACUUUGGUAAACUCUCAGUUUAGUCCAUCUGGAACAACUGAUUCAUUUUGAAAGACUGUGUAUCUACCAGUGUCUGUCAAAUCCUCAAUAACUUUUCCCCCUCAUUUUUAAAGAAAGUCUUAACAAGUUCUUAUUAUUUUGAUUAUUUGAGACAGUCAGAAAUCCCCUGUUUACAUGUGAUAUUUUACAUGUGACAGUCCUUACUUUUGUUAAAUGUUACCAGUUUUUCUAUCAAAUCUUCAUUAUGAUAAAAGCUUCACUUUUUCCAAUUGCAACUAAAUGCACUGUUCUCAUAGAGAAUCCUUUAAUGCACAGUGUGCACUUCCUGCCAGUGAAUUAUAUUGUCUUGUAUAUAGUUUCACUCAAAAUUGGAUUUUUAUUGACAAGAUGUAAUUAGAUAUUUUUUACAACAUCUGUACAUUUUCUUCUAAUGUGUGAGUGUCUAUAGGGGCCGAAAAAUACAGAGCUGAAUUUCUUUUUUUCUAGCAAACUAUAUUAUGAUAUUUUGUGCCUUUAGCUAUGAAGCUGUAAGCAAAACCUUAGAAGCGGUUUACAGAUGAGCAGAACGAUGGUUUCAUAUCUAACAGAGAUUAGCGUGUCUUGCACUACAUUCAGACUCUAACAUCAUCUGGAGUUCUCGACUUCUUCUGCUUCGUAUUUCUACCUAAUGUCUUACUGAUAUAGAUAUGUCUAUAACUUUUUAAAUAUUUUUAUAGUGCUAUUUUACAUCAGUUUUAUAAAUUCUACAGCUUGCACAUGAAGUUUCCUUGUUAUAAAUGUGUUAUUUUUUAUCUUUUUAUCUUUUUAUCGUUUUAUCUCAGAGUUGGUUUUGCCAUAAAUAAUAUGCUGAGCAUAUAUGAUAUGAUCUGAUAUGAUAUAUGAUACAUGAUAUGUUUUAAUUCAUUUUAAUCAUCUAAAUUCAAAUCUAUAAAUAUAUUAGUGUCAUCCUGGUACAUCACAUUUAGUAAGGAAAAAAAAGGUUAAUCCUUUUUUUUUAAUAUCUUUUAAAGGGAAUGAAAAAUAAAUUAGAUGUGAAAUUUGAAGCACUUCUGAAAAGAGUAAUCUUUCGUGUAUCUGUACAUUUUUGGCAGAAUUAUUUCUUUAUCGUAUAAUUAGGUAUAUUUAUAGACGGGUGACAAAUGCUCCCUGAAUCAGUUGCUGAUUAUGAAAAUAUAAUUCAUAUGCUCUCCUGUGGGAGAUUUUGGACUGACAAUUAGUCUGCACUCUCCUCCACCGUCAUCAUCCAGAUUCUAAUUAACCAAACUUUUUAUAGGAGAAUGAUGUUCAUUCCUUUAAACACCAAAUUUCUAGAAUCUAUGCCAAAGAUAUUCUGUUGGACUGUGAUGAACACCUUACUAAGACACUUUACUUAGUUUUUUUUCAUUGAACCUUUUCACCCGUCUAUAUGUAUACGUAUAUAUAUUUUUUUACUGGAGCCAUUAUCUAAGCAUGGUGCUCUUAACAUCAUAGCAAUCCCCUGAAUGUCGACUCAUUUUUAACUGUAAAUACGAUUUCCUAAAUAUGUAUAAAAUAUUUCUUUACUUCUACUUUGUUACAUUUGCUAACUAGUCAAUAGGAAAUCUUUAUUAUGUUUAUGAACCAAAUCAAUUCCUGUCUUGUCAUUUCCCAUCAUGUAACCAUGGUUGUAAUAAUAAUAUAUGAACUGCAAAAUAGUUUCGCUGUUUUAGAUUAAUAUAAGACAAUGCCAAUAUUUGCCAAAGAGAAACUGUUAUCUUUUGUUAACUUCAAGGCUUUAUACCUGCCGGUUUUAUUAAUGCAGUCAUGAGGUGAAUGUUUAAUAAUAGUCGAUGUCUGUCAAGAACAUAAGCAAUAAAUCUGAUUGAAGAAUUGUU